AUCGAUAAGAGGUUGUUUUUAAAUCAAAAAUGAAAUUAGUAAAGGAGAGGGACAUGAUAAGAAGAAUCGGAACGUUAAUGAAAUUGUAGUUAUGUUUAACGGGUUCUUGUAUCACUAGAUUAGGAUGGAUUUGAGUUUCGUAACAGUUUUUCGGCACAAUGUGACAGGUCUUGAGCCUGAUAGGUUUGACAGAAUUCCUUGCUAAUGAUUAUUGAAGAUGUUUUUGCAGGACAUGGAUACGUCAAACCCUUCCGUUUUUGUCAAUGCAGAGCUGCUGAGGUUGUAUGUUGGAAGGCAAGUUCGGGCAUUGAUUCAGGUUGCGCAAUCGGGUGCUGGAUCUGUCAUUGGCAAUUCUACUGAUGGUGUUCAGUUAAUUGUAAAGGGCACCCCACCCUCUCCUCUUACAAAGUUUGUUGAGGUCAUAGGUAUUGCUGACAGUGAUAAAUCUAUCCAAGCUAGCAUAUGGAACAACUUUGGCGACACAAUUGACACACAUGCUUACAACCAGCUUUGCCUGCUUGCAAAUGGAGAUUUUAAGCACUUGUUCAUCUGAGCGACAACAGUCUUUUGUUGUAGUAGUGCUACAAGUGACAACCGCAUCAAAUUCAGAACAGGGGGGGGGGGGGGAUAAUGAGUAAUGUAGUCAGUCGUGUAGCUUUAAUACUGUCUUUUGGCAAGUUGUUGAGUUUUAGAGAAGUGUAGUGAUUAUGGUCUAGUUAUAAGACAUAGGCACAAGUCUGGAAUAUUUGAUCUUUUGUGAAUGAACCUGCUGCCUUCUAUUUAGUAUUUACUAGUCAUUCAGGACAUC